AUGAAUGCUCCCAAGGAGCCUAAAGUAAAGACGCCAGCUAUUGACGCCUAUGAAGGCACGUCUGAUCCUGAUGUACACCUCUUGGCCUAUCGGCAUCAUAUGUAUGUCCAGGGAACUACUGAUGCAACUUGGUGCAAAUACUUCCCGUCCACUCUGAAAGGGGUUGCCUCCAAAUGGUUCGAGAAGUUGCCUGCGGGAACGAUCAACACAUAUGCCGAAUUGGAGAUGUUAUUUUCAGCAAGAUUUAUGGCUUAUAAAAUUCCAGACCUACCUGACGGGGUGGCGUUUGAUAAUUUAUUUAGGAGACUUAAGAAGGGGUCCUUUAAGUUCGAUUUGGUGAAGAAAAGUGUGAGAACUAUGGCCGACGCUCUGGAUGAGGCCGAGUCCUUUAUUCAUGCCACUGAAAUUUGCUCCGUCCCCAAAGAGUCUAAGAGAACGGAGGCCACAGAUCAUCCCCAGCGCAAGGACAAGUCAGACAAAAAGACCAGCCGUCCGAAUGGGACAUGGGCCAUUGAAAAGAAAGGAUAUGAAGAAGACCGCUCCCAAGGACAGAAGAGAGGACGACCCUAUGACAAAGAAAGGUUCGAAUACAACACUGACCUGUAUACGAUACUGCUAGAUGUAAGUGAUAGGUAUGAGAUUGAUCGACCGUUCCCCAUGAAGUCGCCGGUGGAAACUCGGGACAGCUCGCUUUACUGUAAGUUCCAUUGUGAUGUGGGACAUGAAACAAAAGAUUGCAAGUCCCUACGAAGGGCUCUCGAUGGAUUAGCCGCUAAAGGGUUUCUGAAAUCCUAUCUCAGCCCAAGCACAGGGGGAAGUGAUGACAACGACACUGACCCAGAAAUUGUGGCCGUCAUCUCAGGAGGUCUAGCCGCUGGGGGCCCAACAAUGAGAGGUCAAAAAGACUAUGCAAGCCGGUUGGGACAGGGCAAGAUCGCCACUCCUCAUGACGACCCCUUAGUUAUUGAAUUGAAGGUAGCAAACCUCAAAGUAAGGCGUAUCUUAGUAGAUACGGGGAUUCCGUCGGACAUUAUCAGCACAGCUUGUCUAAGUCGUCUUGAGCAUGACCCAAAGACAAUUGAAAAGAUACAUUAUCCGAUCAUUGGAUUCGGAGGCGGCAUAAUUCAUCCCCAGGGGAUAAUUACUCUGCCCCUACGAGUUGGAGGCCGGCAUCAAAGUAAGAACUUGAACGCCCGCUUUCUAAUUGUAAAGGACCUCACUGCUUACAAUAUCAUACUGGGUCGUCCAACUUUGAAUCAGGCCAAGGCAGUGGUCGUCACUCAUCUUAUGCUCAUGAAGUAUGCCUGUGAUAAAGGUCAGGUCGGCAUAAUUCAUGGUGAUCAACAGCUAGCAAGAGAUUGUUAUCUCACUACGCUAAGUCCCGAGGCUUGGGGGAAAACUGACGAAGCAAGAGCAAGCUCAAAAAGAAAACUAGAUGAGAUGGAGGAGAAAGUCAAGAAGGAUACCUUUACCAUUGCCACGGCUCACAUGGAAACAAGGCGGCCUGAGCGGUUGGUGGACAUUAUGAAAUCAUCCUUGAUGAAGCCCGUCCAGAUAGGACGGUGCCAAUAG